GGCGGGGGCAGAGGCGGAGGCAGAGGAGGCAGGGGAGACCGAGACAAGACGACGACGGACGCGAUCUACACCAUGUACUACGUGAUCGCGGGCGUGGCGUUCGGCUGUCUCUGCCUGUGGGCGUGGCGGCGCGCCGCGGCGUGGUACUACCGCCGGAAGGUGGGGCGUGCGCGCGCGGCGGGCGUGCGCUCGCAGGACGACAAGGACAAGGACAACAAGGGGGCGCUGGCGCGCGCCCCAAGCGCAGCCAGCGCGGUGCUCAGCAACUGGGCGUACGUCAAAGUCGUGCCGCUGUGGAUGUUCCAGCACGUCACGCUCGCCGAGUGGUUCUGGAGCGUGGCGUAUCUCGGCAUCGCGCUCGGCCUCGGGUUCUGGGGCUGUAUUCGAGACGGCCGCCUCGACUACGCCAACCCGAUGGGAUACGUUGCGUUCGGGCAGAUCCCGAUCCUCAUCGCGCUCGCGGGCCGCAACAACACCGUGUCGUGGAUCACGGGGGUGAGCUACGAAAAGCUCAACUACCUCCACAGGAUGAGCGGGCGCGUCGCGGUCCUCGCGACGUGGCUGCAUACGCUCGGCUGGUUCCACCAGGGGCUGGGGCCGCACGGGCCCGGCUCGGAGCUCUUCCUCUCGGGCAUGCUCGGCGCCGUCGCCGCCCUCAUCAUGUGGCUCACGAGCUUCGCCCUCGUCCGCAGAGUCAUGUACGAGUUCUUCCUCGUCGUCCACAUCCUCAUGUGCUUCAUCUUCAUCGUCGCGAGCUGGUACCACUGGCCGAUGCUCGGGUGGUGGUGCUGGACCGGCCUGAUUUUCUGGGGCUUUGACCGCGGCCUCGGCUUCCUCCGCAUGAUCCUCGUCAACAAGGCUUGGCUCCUCCCCUUCGCCUCGAAGCGGGCCGAGCACUCGGCGUGUGUCGUCGAGCUCGUCGACCCCGCCGUCCUCCGCAUCACCGUCCCCACCCGCUCCCUCUUCCGCUGGAGCCCCGGCCAACACGCCCUCAUCACGAUGCCACAGGUCGCGACGCUGCGGUACGAGCAGCACCCGUUCACGAUCGCCUCGGCGGCCGGCGACGCCGUCUUCCUCGUGCGUGCCCAAAAGGGCUUCACCGCCCGCCUCCUCGCCCGCAUGCAGUCGGACGUCGAGUCGGGCCUCAACGCCUACCUCGAAGGCCCGUACGGCGUGAGCCACCACGCCGAGCUGCUGGGGCACGACACCCUCCUCCUCAUGUGCGGCGGCACGGGCAUUACCUACGGCACCUCGCACCUCCUCGGCGCCGUCGCCGCCGCGCACAAAGGCACCACCGCUCUCUCCGCCCUCCGGCUGGUGUGGAACGUGCGCGACGCCGCCCACGUCGCGUGGAUCGCGCCGCUGCUAAACAAAGCCCUUGAGAACGGCACAGCACACAUGGCCGUCGCCAUCGACGUGUACGUGACGCGCACGGGCGCGUCGCUUGAGCCGGGGCCGGGGCACGAGCCAGGGCCGGGGCACGAGCCAGGGCCGGGGCACGAGCCAGGGCCGGGGCACGAGCCAGGGCCGGGGCACACGCCGGACUCGGAGGAGGAUUCGGGGGCGACGACGCCCGCGACCCUCUCCUCGUCCGAGGCGGUUGACAAAGUCUCCGUUCCCGAAAAGCCGACGUACGGUCUAUCCGAGCAGGCGGCGCGGUUCGUGUCGUUCCACAAGGGCCGGUCGCCGGCGGAAAUGAUCCUCCGCGCCGACACGGAGCGGUCGGCGACCGACGCGGCCGGCGUCGCGGUCGGUGUGUGCGGCCCGCUCGAGCUGCAGCUCGACGUGCGCCGCGCCAUCUGCCGCGUUAAUUCGGCGAGCGCGAUCCUGCGCGGGCAGCCGCCGAUCGAGCUCCAUGUCGAGAGCUUUGGGUGGUAGAUUGGAAGGGGGGGACAAAAGCGUGCAGCGGUACAUAGAUGUCUGGAAUGUAAAUGCAAGAAGUAAUGGGCGUGG